AUAUUGAUGCGGAGGCUAGGCUGCUUUCGUAGAGAAGCAGAAGGAAGCAAGAUGGCUGCCCUUUAGGAUUUGUUAGAAAGGAGACCCGACUGCCACUGCUGGAUUGCUGCAAGGCUGAGAGACGAGAACGAGGCUGGCCACCAUUCAGCAGCAGACCCUCUCAAGAUUGUCUACUUGCCCUUGCUCCUGUUGAGUUACCACGGGUGGAAGCAGGAGAUGGGCUCAGCAGCAGCCAACAGGCCAUGACCCAGGAGGCGCAGUGAGGGAUAGAGCUGCUGAAUUCAUUCAGAGGGCAGCCUUGUGGAUGGCCCCGAAGCAAGCCUGAUGGAACAGGAUAGAACGAACCAUGUUGAGGGCAACAGACUGAGUCCAUUCCUGAUACCGUCUUCUUCUCCCAUUUGCCAGACAGAACCUCUGGCUAUAAAGCUCCAGAAUGGAAGCCCAUUAAUGAAGAGACCUUAUCCAGAAGUAAAUGGAGACACCAAGUGGCAGUCUUUCAAGAGUUAUUAUGGAAUACCCCACAUGAAAGGAAGCCAGAAUAGUCGCGUGAGUCCGGACUUUAUACAAGAAAGUAGAGGGUAUUCCAGAUGUUUGCAAAACGGAGGGAUAAAACGCACAGUCAGUGAACCUUCUCUCUCUGGGCUCCAUCAGAACAAGAAACUGAAACAAGACCAAAAGGCCAAUGGAGAAAGAAAGAACUUCGGGGAAAGCCAAGAAAGAAAUCCAGGCAAAGGCAGCAGUCAACCAAAUGUCUCCGAUGUGAGUGAUAAGAGAGAAUCUGUUAGCUCUGAAGCCCAAGAAAAUGAAGUUAAAGAUUUCACUGGUUUUUCAUCACAUAACUGCAGUGGAUCUGAAAAUCCAGAGCUUCAGAUUCUGAACCAACAGGAGGGGAAAAAUGCUAAGUACCACGACAAGAACAUUGUAUUACUUCUUAAAAAUAAGGCAGUGCUAAUGCCUAAUGGUGCUACAGUUUCUGCCUCUUCCAUGGAAAACACACGUGGUGAACUCCUGGAAAAAACACUGUCUCAAUAUUAUCCAGAUUGUGUUUCCAUCGCGGUGCAGAAAACCACAUCUCACAUACAUGCCAUUAACAGUCAGGCUACUAAUGAGUUGUCCUGUGAGAUCACUCACCCAUCGCAUACCUCAGGGCAGAUCAAUUUCCCACAGACCUCGAACUCUGAGCUGCCUCCAGAGCCAGCUGCAGUGGUGACCGAGGCCUGUGAUGCCGAUAGUGCCAGUAAACCAGCUGCAAUGCUAGGGACCUGUCCCUUUCAGAAACCAGAACAACGAAAGUCAGUUUUUGAGAUACGCCCAUCUCCGGCAGAAAACAGUAACAUCCAAGGAACCACAAAGCUAGUAUCUGGUGAAGAAUUCUGUUCAGGUUCCAGCAGCAAUUUGCAGGCUCCUGGUGGCAGCUCUGAACGGUAUUUAAAGCAAAAUGAAAUGAAUGGUGCUUACUUCAAGCAAAGCUCAGUGUUCACUAAGGAUUCCUUUUCUGCCACUACCACACCACCACCAUCACAAUUGCUUGUUUCUCCCCCUCCUCCUCUUCCGCAGGUUCCUCAGCUUCCUUCUGAAGGAAAAAGCACUCUGAAUGAUGGAGUUUUGGAAGAACACCAUCACUACCCCAACCAAAGUAACACAGCUCUUUUAAGGGAAGUGAAAAUAGAGGGUCAACACGAGGCACCGCCAUCCCAGAGUCCUACUCCCUCUACACAAGUAUCCAACCCCUCUCCGAUGCUUCCAGAAAGGCCUCAGAAUUAUUGUGUUAACAAGAAUGGCAUACGGACUCCAGGGACAAUGACGGUUCCAUUGUGUUCUGAGAAAACAAGACAACUCUCAGAACAUCUCAAACAUAACCCACCAAUUCUUGGUAGCAGUGGAGAUGCACAGGAUCACUGCCAGCAGUUGAUGGGACACAAAGAGCAAGAGCUCUUCAAGAGUCAAGACAAGGAACAAACACGAGACCCUGUGCUCCCAACACAGCCCUAUCUGAAACCAGGAUGGAUUGAAUUGAAGGCCCCUCACUAUCGUCAGGCAGAAUCCCAUCUAAAAUGUAAUGAGGCAACCCUGCGGUCAAUUCUUCAGUAUCAUCAGUCCAACCCCUCCCAUCAAAUGACCUCCAAACAAUACACUGGAAAUUCCAACGUGCCUGGGGGGCUCCCAGGGCAAGCUUACACCCAGAAAAUAAUGCAGCCGGAGCAGAGGCCACCAAGGUACCAAGCUGAGAUGAAUCAAGGGCAGUCUCAAGGUACAGUGGACCAGCAUCUCCAGUUCCAAAAACCCUCACUCCAGGUGCACUUCUCCAAGACAGACCCUUCACCCGAAGCUCACAGACAGUCAGUCUGUGCCCUGAGGUGUCACUUCCAGCAAAGACCAGAUCCCCAAACUGAGAAACUCAUGCCCCCAACAUUAAAACGGCACUUGAAUCAACAGGCUUCCGAGACUGACCCAUUCUCAAACUCACACCUUUCGCAACAUAAGCCUCAUAAGCAGGCAGCACAAACACAACCAUCCCAGACUCCACAUCUCUCUCAAAACCAGCAACAGCAGCAAAAAUUACAGAUGAAGAAUAAAGAACAAAUGCCUCAGACCUUUUCUCAUCCCCAAGGCAACAGUGAUCAGCAAAGAGAAGGAUCAUUCUUUAGCCAGAUUAAAGUAGAAGAAUGCUUUCGUGGUGAAGAUCAACAUUCAAAAUCAAGUGAGUUCCAGACUCAUAAUCCCCAAGUGGGACUGGAGCAAGUACAGAAUAUGAAUAGUGUAAAUUCCCCCUAUGGUCAGAUCUUGAAGUCAAAUGCAAGCAAAGUGCAGAUUUCUUGUUCAAACAAUAUACACGUAGUUGCAGAAAAUAAAGAACAGACUGUAAAUUCUGAACUCUUUGCGGGAAACAAGAUCCCAAACUUGCAUCACAUGCAAUAUUUUCCAAAUAAUGUGACCCCAAAGCAAGAUGUUCUUCACAGGUGCUUUCAAGAACAAGAACAGAAGUCUCAACAAGCUUCAGUUCUACAGGGAUAUAAAAAUAGAAACCAAGAUAUGUCUAGUCAACAAGCUGCACAGCUCGCUCAGCAAAGGUACCUGAUGCAAAACCAAGCAAAUGCGUUCCCUUUGCCCAGUCAGGCAGGAAGUCACAUUCAGACCCUGCCCCAGAAGGACAUCCAAAAGCAUGCUGCUCUAAGGUGGCACCUUUUGCAGAAGCAAGAACAGCAGCAAACACAACAACUCCAAGCCGAGUCUUGCCAUAGUCAGAUGCAAAGGCCAAUUAAGGUCGAACCUGGAUCCAAGCCCCACGCCUGUAUGCGCCUCAUGUCAGCACAGCCAGAAAACACAAUGUGGAAAAAGAUACCCAAGCAAGAGAUUCCACCUCCGAGCUGUGAUAACAUGCAGCAGCGGAGCAUCCUUGAGACCAUGGAGCAGCAUCUGAAGCAAUUUCAGGUCAAAUCAUUAUUUGACCAUAAGGCUCUUGCUCUAAAAUCACAGAAGCAAGUAAAAGUAGAAAUGUCAGGGCCAGUCACAGUUUUAACUAGACAAACCACUGCUGCAGAACUUGAUAGCCACACCCCAGCUUUAGAGCAGCAAGCAAUGCCUUCCUCAGAAAAGACACCAACCAAAAGAACAGCUGGUUCUGUUCUCAAUAAUUUUUUAGAGUCACCUUCCAAAUUACUAGAUACUCCUAUAAAAAAUUUAUUGGAUACACCUGUCAAGACUCAGUAUGAUUUCCCAUCAUGCAGAUGUGUAGAGCAAAUUAUUGAAAAAGAUGAAGGUCCUUUUUAUACCCAUCUAGGAGCAGGUCCUAAUGUGGCAGCUAUUAGAGAAAUCAUGGAAGAAAGGUUUGGACAGAAGGGUAAAGCUAUUAGGAUUGAAAGAGUCAUCUAUACUGGUAAAGAAGGCAAAAGUUCUCAGGGAUGUCCUAUUGCCAAAUGGGUGGUUCGCAGAAGCUGCAGCGAGGAGAAGCUACUGUGCUUGGUGCGGGAGCGAGCUGGCCACACCUGCGAGGCUGCGGUGAUUGUGAUUCUCAUCCUGGUGUGGGAAGGAAUCCCACUCUCUCUGGCUGACAAACUGUACUCCGAGCUCACCGAGACACUGAGGAAAUACGGCACGCUCACCAAUCGUCGGUGUGCCCUGAAUGAAGAGAGAACGUGUGCCUGUCAGGGGCUGGACCCAGAGACCUGUGGUGCCUCCUUUUCUUUUGGUUGUUCAUGGAGCAUGUACUACAAUGGAUGUAAGUUUGCCAGAAGCAAGAUCCCAAGAAAAUUUAAGCUGCUUGGGGAUGACCCAAAAGAGGAAGAGAAACUGGAGUCUCAUUUACAAAACCUGUCCACUCUUAUGGCACCAACAUACAAGAAACUUGCACCUGAUGCUUAUAAUAAUCAGAUUGAAUAUGAACACAGAGCACCAGAGUGUCGUCUGGGUCUGAAGGAAGGCCGUCCAUUCUCAGGGGUCACUGCAUGUUUGGACUUCUGUGCUCAUGCCCAUAGAGACUUGCACAACAUGCAGAAUGGCAGCACAUUGGUAUGCACCCUCACUAGAGAAGACAAUCGAGAAAUUGGAGGGAAACCUGAGGACGAGCAGCUCCAUGUUCUGCCUCUCUACAAAGUCUCGGAUGUGGAUGAGUUUGGGAGUGCAGAAGCUCAGGAGGAGAAAAAACAAAAUGGUGCUAUUCAGGUACUGAGUUCUUUUCGACGGAAAGUCAGGAUGUUAGCAGAGCCAGUCAAGACAUGCCGACAAAGGAAACUAGAAGCCAAGAAAGCUGCAGCUGAAAAGCUUUCCUCUUUGGAGAACGGCACAAAUAAGAAUGAAAAGGAAAAGUCAGCCUCCUCUCGUACAAAACAGAUUGAAAAUGCAAGCCAGGUGAAACAGUUGGCAGAACUUCUGCGACUUUCAGGACCAGUCAUGCAGCAGCCCCAGCCCCAGCUGCAGAAGCAGCUUCCACAGCCGCAGCAGCCAUAUCACCCCUUCACUGAUAACCCUCAGUCAGAGUCUGUCAGCUCUUACACUUCUGCUGGAUCCACCAGUCUAUACACGAGGAGGCCCAAUCCAGUUAGUCCUUAUCCAAGCUCUUCACGCCCUUCAGAGAUUUAUGGAGGCGCCGACCCUAUGAACCUCUAUUCCGCCUCAUCCCAAGCUGCAGGUUCAUAUUUGAAUUCUUCUAAUCCCAUGAGCCCCUACCCUGGGCUUUUGAAUCAGAAUAACCAAUAUCCAUCAUCAUAUCAAUGCAAUGGAAGCAUAUCAAUGGACAAGUGCUCCCAAUAUCUGGGUUCCUAUUCUCCCCAGUCUCAGCCCAUGGAUCUAUACAGGUAUCCAAACCAAGAUCCUCUGUCUAAGCUAAAUCUACCACCCAUCCAUACGCUUUACCAGCCGAGGUUCGGAAAUAGCCAGAGUUUUACUUCUAAGUACUUAGGUUACGGAAACCAAAAUAUGCAAGGAGAUGCCUUCAGCAGUUGUACUCUUAGACCAAAUGUACACCAUGUAGGUACAUUUCCCCCUUAUUCCGCUCAUGAGAUGGAUGGCCACUUCAUGGGGGCUGCCUCUCGAUUACCACCCAAUCUGAGCAAUCCAAACACAGACUAUAAAAAUGGUGAGCAUCACCCAUCUUCUCAUUUAAUCCAUAACUACAGUGCAGCUCCGAGCGUGUUCAACAGCUCUCUUCAUGCCCUGCAUCUCCCAAACAAGGAGAAUGACGUGCUCUCCCACACAGCGAAUGGGUUAUCUAAGACGCUUCCCGGUCUUAACCAUGAUGGAACUGCUUCUGUCCAGGAAGGCUUCCACAAAGUACACGACGCUGGCAGUCAGGAAAAGCAGCCUUGUGCUGCCGAGGACAAUGACGAGGUCUGGUCUGAUAGCGAGCAGAGCUUCCUGGAUCCUGACAUUGGGGGAGUGGCCGUGGCUCCGACUCAUGGGUCCAUUCUCAUCGAGUGUGCAAAGCGCGAGCUGCACGCCACAACCCCUUUAAAGAAUCCCAACAGGAAUCACCCCACCAGGAUCUCACUCGUCUUUUACCAGCACAAGAGCAUGAAUGAGCCAAAACAUGGCUUGGCGCUCUGGGAAGCCAAAAUGGCCGAGAAAGCCCGCGAGAAAGAGGAAGAGUGUGAAAAGUACGGCCCAGACUACGUGCCUCAGAAAACCCACGGCAAAAAAGUGAAACGGGAGCCCACUGAGCCGCAUGAACCUGCCGAGCCCACUUACCUGCGCUUCAUCAAGUCCCUUGCCGAAAGGACCAUGUCCGUGACCACAGACUCCACAGUAACUACAUCUCCAUACGCCUUCACUAGGGUCACGGGGCCUUACAACAGAUAUAUAUGAUGUCGCCCCUUGUGUUGGUUACCUCAUUUGAAAAGACCACAACCAAUCUGUCCUUAGUGUAGUUCUCAUGAUGUGGGCAGUGGGGAAAGGACACAGUAUUCCUGACAGAUGCGGUGAGAGGAACCUCAGCUCACCAGCAAAGAAAGAGGUCAUCUUACCAUAGCACUUAAUUUCCACUGACUCCUAAGUGGUCACAGAUGGAAUCUAGGCAAAAGACCAAAGCAUUCUAUGCAAAAAGAAGGUGGAGAAGAAAGUGUUCCACAAUUUACAUUUUUAAACACUGGUUCUAUUAUUGGAUGAGAUGAUAUUUAAAUGUGAUAUUUUUCCCCCUUACAACUCUACACAUCUGUGACCACUUUUAAUAAUACCAAGUUUGCAUAGUCGUGGAACACAAAUCAAACAAGUACUGUAGUAUUACAGGGGCAGGAAUCUUAAAAUACCAUCUGGUGCUGAAUAUACAAUGUACUGAAAUACUGGAAUUAUGGCUUUUUAACAUGCAGUUUUUACUGUAAUCUUAAUAUUAACUUUUAUUUAUCAAAAUAGCUACAAGAAGCAUAAAUGAAUAGACAGCAAAACACUGAAUUUGUUUGGAUGUUCUAAGAAAUGGUGCUAAGAAAAUGGUGUCUUUAACAGUUGAAAACUAAUGCCUUUAUAUCAUCAAGAUGCUAUCAGUGUACUGCAAUGCCCUUGAAUAAUGGGGGUACCUUUUCAUUCAAGUUUUUAAUCAUAAUUACCUAUUCUUACACAAGCUUAGUUUUUAAAAUGUGGACAUUUUAAAGGUCUCUGGAUUUUGCUCAUCCAGUGAAGUCCUUGUAGGACAAUAAACAUAUAUAUGUACAUAUAUAUACACACAAAUAUGUAUAUGUGCACAAACAUGUAUAUCUAUAAAUAUUUUAAAUGGUGUUUUAGAAGCACUUUGUCUACCUAAGCUUUGACAACUUGAACAAUGCUAAGGUACUGAGACGUUUAAAAAAAAAGAAAAGUUUACUUUCAUUUUAGAAUGCAAAGUUGAUUUUUUUAAGGAAACAAAAAGAAAGCUUUUAAAAUAUUUUUGCUUUUAGCCAUGCAUCUGCUGAUGAGCAAUGUGUCCAUUUUUAUUACAGCCAGUUAAAUCCAAAACGGGACUUUUUGGAUUCAAGGGAAUACAUUAGUCCACAAAACACAUGUUUUUCUGGUGCUCAUCUCACAUGCUAUACUGUAAAAGUUUUAUACAAAAUUGUAUGACAAGUUCAUUGCUCAAAUAUGUAGAGUUUUAAGAAUUUUCUGUUAACUGCAGGUAGUGAUUAACCGCAUGCUACAGACUCAACAAAGCUAGUUCACUUAAGCAAUGCUAUCGUAUGGCUCUGUAUGCUCUUCAGCGAACCCAAUGGCUGUCUGCCUUUGUGUUGAUAAUUGUACAUUGUGAUGUUGUCAUUUCUUAGCUUAAGUGUCCUCUUUACCGGGAAGAUUGAGCAGACUGAUGCCUGCAUAAGAUUAAUAAACAGGGUUAGUUCCAUGUGAAUCUAUUAAUUAAAAGGAAAAAAAAAAAAAACAGGCAGCUGGUUUGCUGUGGUGGUUUUAAAUCAUUAAUUUGUAUAAAGAAGUGAAAGAGAUGUAUAGUAAGUAAAUUAAAUUGUAAACAAAACUUUUUUAACGCAAUGCUUUAGUAUUUUAGUACU